CCCCGCCCCUUUCUCCGUUUCUACUCUCCCUCCCUCUCCGCCUGCCAGAGGGCCCUGGGGCCAGGUCCCCCAGGCGGCGACUGCCUGGUCGAGGUUCUCUUGCUCUGAGGCCACCUUUGUCCCAUUGCCGCCUCGCCAGCCUGCCAGCUCCUACUCCCACCUGCUUCCCGCCUGCGUCUGAGCCCGGAGGAUGGUGGGAUUCGGGGCCAACCGGCGGGCCGGCCGCCUUCCCUCCCUGGUGCUUCUGGGGCUGUUGGUGGUGAUCGCAAUUCUCGCCUUCAACUAUUUGAGGGUCUCCUCCCGCCACGUCCUGCUUCAGGAGGAGAUGCUGGAGCUGCAAAGCCAGGUGCAGAGGACAGAGGUGGCCCGCAAUCACCUGGAGAAGCGCAACUCGGACCUCCUGCUGCUGGUGGACUCGCACAAGAAGCAGAUGGAUCAGAAGGAGGCAGACUACGGCCUCCUUAGCAGCCGUCUGCAGGCCAGGGAAGGCCAAGGGAAGAGAUGUGAAGAUGACAAGGUUAAACUACAGAACAACAUAUCAUAUCAGAUGGCAGACAUACAUCGUUUGAAGGAACAACUGGCCGAGCUUCGUCAAGAAUUCCUUCGACAAGAGGAUCAACUUCAUGAUUACAAGAAGAAUAAUACUUACUUUGGGAAGAGGUUAGAGUAUGAAAGUUUUCAGUGUGGGCAACAGAUCAAGGAACUAAGAGCACAACAUGAAGAAAAUAUUAAAAAGUUAGCAGAUCAGUUUAUGCAAGAACAAAAGCAAGAGGCCUUAAAGACUCAGCAGAAUAAUGUAAUUGAAUCAGAUACAAAAGAACAGGAAGUACCCAAAAAUAUUCCAGGUGAAGUUGAGAGUGUUGCAGAUAAGAAUGAAAAACCCUCAAGCAAUCAUGUUCCACAUGGGAAAGAACAAAUUAAACGAGCUGGUGAUGCCGGCAUGCCUGGAAUAGAAGAGAAUGACCUUGCAAAAGCUGAUGAUCUGCCUACCUCUUUAAAGAAGCCCCUUAUUUCAGUUUCUCAACGUGAAAGCCAUCAAGAAAACUUACAUCCUCCAACUGCAGAGCCUCAUCCCCCAAACAUGGCACCAGGUUUGCAUGUUAGCCACAUUGGAAACUCUGACAUUUUGAAGCAGAUACCUCUCAAUCCUCUUCAGCGUUUAAUUCCUGGCCCAAACUUGGAGAAUGAAAAUGACCACAAAAUUCAGACAGACAUGUUAAAGCAGACUUCAAAGGAUAGAGUUGGUGACUUCCAUAAGAUGAAACAAAGCCGGUUCUUUGAUGAAAAUGAAUCCCCUGUUGAUCCGCAGCAUGGCUCUAAAUUGGCGGAUUAUAAUGGGGAUGAUGGUAACGUAGGUGAGUAUGAGGCAGACAAGCAGGCUGAGCUGGCUUACAAUGAGGAAGAAGAUGGUGAUGGUGGAGAAGAAGACGUCCAAGAUGAUGAAGAACGUGAACUUCAGAUGGAUCCUGCAGACUAUGGGAAGCAACGCUUCAACGAUGUCCUAUAAAUUCUGUACUGGAGGAAAACUACAGAAAAACUGAAUUGCUCUAAAAUGGAACCAUUUCUACUUCAUUGUUUCUUGGCUUUUAUUUUAGAAAUCAGCUUUAAAGAAACAAUGAAAACAAACUUAAUAGAGAACUUUAAUAGAGAAAUGUACAUAUGUAUAUAUUUGAACUUUUGCAUAUUGUAUUAUAAAAAAACAGGUGUUUUUGGUUCUUUUAUACUUGAACCAAUAAACAAAGCAAACAAAAACUAUAAUCUUUGCCAUUAAAACAAGCUAAUGUAUCUAUUUCAAAA